AACCAUUGCCGCCUUUGGCUGGGAGUGUGGUGGCUAAUGCUAUUAGUAACACAUCAAUCAAGUUAGAUUGGAAAGAACCAGAGAGAAAACCAAAGGGAGGCUACGAUGGAUAUCGUAUUAUUAUUUCACCACCUGACGAGAAUAAUGAAAAUAAUACCGUUCUCUAUCAAAAACCUUUCUCCUUCACAAUUACGAAUUUGUACCCAGGAAGGCUAUACAAUUUAAGUGUGCGAUCUCGUAAGGCAACCCAGGAGAGCCGAGACGCCUUUGCAAAUGGAGGAGCAGGUCAACUGACAAGUAAGAUAUUCAUAUAUUAAACGGCUGACUCUAAGACACAAGAACAACUCGAAGAUAGUAUACACUAUUUUGCGUAAGACUAGGAACAAUAAAGAACUCUGCACUCUGAAGAAUCAUACGA